AUGCCACUUGCCUUAGCAACUGCCCAGCAUGCCGACGCCGCCCGGAUCGCGGAGAUCCACAUGGCCGCUUUCGGUUCCAACGCCAUGCUUUUAGCCCAGUUCCCCACAAUCGCCGUCCGGGACUCCCUAAAAGAGUGCAUUCGAUCAAAAGCACAUGCUGAUAUCGACGACCCGAAUAUUACCGUGCUUGUUGUUCGGGAUUCCGACACAAUCGGGCUAGGUGAGAAUAAGCAAGAUCAUAAGCGUCCGGCGACUGAAAGAGUGGUCGCAUUCGCUAAAUGGGCACAUCCUGUGUCUACUGACGAGGAAUAUGCCGAAACUCCAUGGAUUUGGCCUGAUGGUACAGACUUAAAAGUUCUCCAGGAAUGGACUCGGAAGGUUGAAGACACGCAAGCUCACGCUGUAGGAGAGUCUCCAUAUUAUCGUAAGCAGAGAGCAGAUCUCAUAUUCCCCAUGGACGAUCUACGAGAGCUGACGAUACCAGAUCUUAGUUUUAUCGGUACCGACCCAUCAUAUGAAAGACGUGGGGCAGCAACUAUGAUGAUCCAAUGGGGUAUCGAUCAAUGUAAGAAACAUGGCGUCCCCGCGUAUCUUGAAAGUACAUUGGAGGCAGCGCCAUUGUACAGGAAGCUUGGGUUCAUAGAAAUGGAGAAAAUUUCACUAGACUACGAAGUUGCUGGGUCCGAGAUAACUCAGACCUACGAAGAGAUUGGCUUCGUCUACAGAUGA